GCUUCAUCGAGGGCGCUCUCGCACGUUGUUGGAAUGUGCUGGUUGGGUGGCUCUGCUCGUUCGCCCCAGUAGUGGGAUCUACAAGUAGGGCGACAACUGGCACAGCUAGGUCCACCACAGGGCUCUGACGGACCGUGCCAUGAUCACCCGCUCUCCUUAGCCCCAACCAAAUAAUUUCGAGACUUCAAACUUGUCGCGCAUUCGCAUCCCCCUAGAGCAUUUUGAAGUCUCAACUGUUCACGAACGUACAACUUUCGCAGGACUAUCUCGACGAGCGCUAAGGUCGGGCAGACGGGAGCUUACGAUCUCGGCGAGAAUAAACACCCCCAUAUGACAGCACCUUCGACUCUGUCCAUUGCCAACAAAUUCGUGCUUAUUGUGCAUGAAACUCGACUAUACCUUCCCACAAUCUCCUCUUACCGAAGAGGUCGUGGAUGAAUUUUGUGCUAUCGCGACCCCCCUCCCUACCCCAACCAAAAAACCAACGAUGUCCCCGUGUAACGAUGCCGAAGACGGUUGGGAGAUGAUCAACGAAAGCUCAAUUCAGGGAAUUAGUGAAGCUGACAAAAGUGGGCAAGGCGAUGACAUUACAAGUCGAGCAGCCGGCCGAGCUGAAGAGUAUACCGGCGAGGAUGAAAGCACACUUGGCAGAAAAGAUCACGAAGGUUCUAUAGCCUCGAAUACAUUGGAUAUCGUCAAGAGAGACUUGAAUGACAUGGCGAAGCCAAACUGCGAAGCGACCUGUGUUCUCGAAUCGAACGACGGGGAAAUGGGUAACGAAUCACAGGCACAAAACAAGAGGAUGACUUUUCAAAACAUAAUCACACAAUCGGGCGAUUUGCUGAUCGAUGUUCAGACGGAAACUGGCCCUAAGAAAUUUCACGGAAAGGUUGAACUUGCAAGCUUCAUGGAGCACGCUGAAGACACGGCUGAUUUAAUCAAACCGGACGACGAUCUCUCUCUGGCCUCGAAUGUCCCAAAUAUCGUACAGCCAGAAUCGAAUGGAAUCGGGCAGUCAGAUCGCGGCACGACCUGCCCUACCAAAACAAGCCACACGGAGACUAAAGAUAGAGCAGAGCCAAAUAAGAGAGUGACCGUUGAAAAUACGAUUGGGCGAUCGGGCACGACCAAUGUUGAAACGGAAGGCGGCUGUGUGCAGUUUCAAGGGAAACAAUGGGAACUGCUACCGCUCGCAGACACGGACAAACCUGCCACCAAGAGCGGAUCAGGUUUCAAUUCAGUCCGUCAAAUUAGCAGACAGGACCACCGGCUCCCGACCCGCCCAACUCCAAACCGCGACACAGAUCGCGAUGCGUGGCCCAGUGAUCAUGCUUCCAGUGACAGACUCCGUAACAUCCCAGCAUCGCAGUCAACGAGGAUGAUUAAUGAAGACGAGGAACGGGCAACUCUACCACUCAAGACCAGGACUGAUGCGAACACGAAAGACGACGGAACUUUCGCGCUCCAACAUGCUCACCGUCGCAGUCGUGCGACAUCCUCCGGCACCCAAGAGUCGUCUGGCUCUGAUCGAACCACGAUUGCGGGUUAUUUUCCUCCUCACUCGAACAUCUUCGUUUCAGGAUCGAACGGUUCCAAGCAGAUUGUCGCGUCGCGACAUCCCAUGUACGCUCAUCUGUCCGCCGGGAAGAACACCUUCCAAUUCGUCGGAAAUACGGAUACACUUCUUGCAUAUCUGGGAAAACGUGAUGAAGGUCAAUAAAAUGCCGGUCGUCCUCGAAUUUGAAAAAGGGCGCUGUGCUACUAUGCCCGUCAUGGCUCCGCCAUCGACACUUGACUUUCAGGCGUCAUAUUUGUCGAUUGGAUGGAAUUAGGCGCAAGGCUUGGUCUCCUUUUCUGAGUCAUUUGACCACUUCGUUUCUGCUGCAGCCAUAACACUACAAGCAGCUCUGCAAACAAGAAGGUUGAUCGGCCUUUGUGAGAUGAGUCAACCUUGAUGGUCAUGAAACUUCCGAGCCACCUCUAUUAGCGUAGGGAUGAUGUCUAGAACUUCUGUAGUAUGGGUCAUUCCAGUCGAAGAACGAAGACAAGCCACGAAGAACACGCGGGAAAAGAAGCACGAUGUGGACGAUCUCCUUGUGGUGAUUCUACCAUUUGCCCGCCCUCCGAGGCCUCAAGUUUCUGAGCGGAACGAGAAAAGCCCCAUCGUAUGUUGAAAUCUACUCGUAGCCAUCCAAGUGUCAACCCAAAGACCCGUGCUCACCAGCGCUUUAGUAGCCUUUCCCACCAAGAUUGCCGUCGCUUGUUAUCCAAGAACUGAUCGCAUGC